UUACUGAAAGUGGGAGUCAAUCGUUCAUGACACAUCACACAUACACGCGCACGAGCGCGCGCACGCAGGACCUAUAAUAAACUCCAUCUUACAAAACGAUCAUCUCCGUAUUUACGUUUGUAGAACAUAGCAGUGAAGAUGAGAUUAUUAUUAUUUUUCUGUAUUAACUUCAUUGUGCUUGUGUUUCCUGUCUCAGGCAGUUCGGGGAGCUCUGCUGCACACAGGUGUUUCUGCAAAGUCACCGGUAGCCUGGACGACUGCGCCUGCGAUGUGGAAACGAUCGACGGCUUCAACAACAAGAAGCUCUUCCCGCAACUCCAGAAACUCCUUUCAUCUGAUUAUUUCAGGUUCUAUAAGGUGAAGCUAAAUAACCCGUGUCCGUUCUGGACGGAUAGCGGACACUGUGGUCUCAGAGACUGUGCUGUUAAACCAUGCAAACCUAAUGAAGUACCCGAGGGGCUGAAAUCCAGCAGCUUCAAGUAUUCAUUAGAGGCCAACCAGCACACAAAGGAGUGUGAAAUGGCAGAGAAGCUUGGCGCUGUCAAUAGCUCUCUGAGUGAUGAAACCCGUCAGGCUCUGCUCGAAUGGAACCGGCACGAUGACGAGGCCGACCGUUUUUGCAUGCACGAUGAUGAAGACUCUCCGGAUUCUCAGUAUGUCGAUCUCCUCUUGAACCCUGAGCGCUACACUGGAUAUAAGGGUCCCGAAGCCUGGCAGAUAUGGAACAGUAUAUAUGAAGAGAACUGUUUCAAACCGUAUACAGUUAAACGACCACUGAACCCUCUUGUGUCGAGCAGUGGAGACAGUGAAGAAAGGGGAUUCUACAAGUGGCUGGAAGGUCUGUGUGUGGAGAAAAGAGCUUUUUUCAGGCUCGUCUCAGGACUGCAUGCUAGCAUAAACGUGCACCUGAGUGCUAGGUACCUGCUGGAUGAUAACUGGUUUGAGAGGAAAUGGGGUCCCAAUGUCACAGAGUUCCAGCUGCGAUUUGAUGAAGAACUAACCAAAGGAGAAGGACCCAAGCGUCUGAGGAACCUCUACUUCCUCUAUCUGAUCGAGCUCCGUGCCCUGGCUAAAGUCCUGCCUUUCUUUGAGCAUCCCUCCGUCCACCUGUACACCGGCGAGGCAGAAGAAGACAAGCAGAUUAAAGAGCUGCUCUUAGAGCUCCUCCACAUGGCCAAGUCUUUCCCAUUGCAUUUUGAUGAAACCACGCUGUUCGCAGGUGAUAAAACCGAAGCGGCAAAACUAAAAGAAGACUUCAAGCAGACUUUUAAGAACAUCUCCAAGAUCAUGGACUGCGUAGGAUGCUUCAAGUGCAGACUGUGGGGCAAACUGCAGACCCAGGGUUUAGGUACAGCUCUAAAGAUCCUGUUCUCGGAGAAGCAAAUCGAAGCACUUCCCCAGUCCAGUAGCGACAAGCCGUCCUUCCAGCUGAGUCGACAGGAGAUCGUUUCCCUCUUCAACGCUUUCGGGAGAGUCUCAACAAGUAUUCGAGAACUGGAAAACUUCCGGAAACUCUUAUCCGAGCUCAAGCAAUGAGGAGAUUGUAGCUACCAGUUUAAACAUUUUAAUUAGGCUCGUUUAUGUGCUUUCAGACACGUUAUUGACUAGAAAAUUGGACAAAAAGAUCUAAAAACAGUAUUAUUAGAUAUUUUAAAGCUGAUUUGAGUUUUUCAGCAUGUAUUUCCGUGUCACUUUGUGAUGUGUGAGGCUUUGGGCUGGGCAAACUGGUAGCUAGAAGCUCACGGGUUUAGCUUUAUUCGCUACAGAAGAAAACUUCAUUCAAGAAACGUGUCUUGGUUGAUUGGUUAUGAUUGUAACGAAUGACAUUUUUGGCCAAAUUGUUAGUUACACAGGAAUUCACAAGUCUUGGUGCUGGUGAGAUGUCAUUGGAAACAUACACAUCCAUGUGAGAUCCGGUCCAUACAGAUGCCCCUAAACAAACAGAGCACUUUAAUGACUGAGGAUUAAAUUGAGCAGUUAGCACAAAUUGCACUAUGGCAUAUCGGUGGAAGAAGUUUCGAGGGAAAAAUAAGAAUGAUGACCACUCCGAGAUAGAUAGAUAGGAUUUUUCUGUUUCUCAGGGAUUUUGAAACCAAUCUGAGACAAUAAAGUGGAAAUUGAAUUUGUUAUUAUAGUCAGUUACUACUGAUGCAUAAAGAUCAUUUUUACAUGUAUAUUUUUGUGUAUCUUGUAUCACAUUACUUGGUUAUGUCCAUAAUUCACAUGGUGUUUCAUGAUGUUUAGUUAGAAUCAGAAUAGAUAAGACAUCUUUACCAAAAAACGCCAUUAAAACAGGAAAAAACAGAUGAUGUGAGAAAAAUGUUGUGUGUGUGUGUGAAGAUUUGUUUUUGUGAUAGUAAUAUAUUGUCAUAUACACCUGCAUUUGUCAUUUGUUUUUUUCACAACAGCACUGUAAAUUUCUUCAUUCUUUAAUAAAACUAUUGACACGUC